CAAGUCUGGGCAGGGAGCUAAUUUUCUUCCCACGACCUCCUUCUCCUCACGACUUUCUGGAAUGGACUAGAGGCAAGUGAAGACCUCGGAUCGGAUCCAGAGACCCUCUAGACUGACAUGGACACGAUAUUCCCGCCCUCCUGGUCGCGAGUCUAUACAGGUGCCAUGACGCAGCAGCCCCAGGAGGACUUUGACAGGAGCGUGGAGGAUGCCCAGGCGUGGAUGAAGGUGGUACAGGAGCAGCUUCAGGUCAAUGAUAACACGCAAGGGCCCCGAGCAGCACUGGAGGCACGGCUACGGGAGACAGAGAAAAUCUGCCAUCUGGAGCCUGAGGGAUGCAUGAAGGUGGAACUGGUCCUGCGGGCGGCUGAGGCCCUCUUGGCAACUUGCCAGGAGGGCCAGAAGCCUAAGAUCCUGGCCCAGCUGAGGGAUAUCAAGUCCCAGUGGGAAGAGACGGUCACCUACAUGACUCAUUGCCACAGUCGCAUCGAGUGGGUGUGGCUGCAUUGGAGCGAGUAUCUGCUGGCUCGGGAUGAGUUUUACCGCUGGUUCCAGAAGAUGGUGGUCACGCUGGAGCCCCCUGUGGAGCUGCAGCUGGGGCUGAAGGAGAAGCAGUGGCAGCUGAGCCAUGCCCAGGUGAUGCUACACAAUGUGGACAAUCAGGCUGUGCUCCUGGACCGGCUGCUGGAGGAGGCAGGCUCCCUCUUCAACAGGAUUGGAGACCCCAGCGUGGAUGAAGAUGCCCAGAAAAGGAUGAAGGCUGAGUAUGAUGCUGUGAAGGCCAGGGCACAGCACAGAGUGGACCUCCUGACACGGGUGGCGCAGGAGCACGAGCAGUACCGGGAGCACGUGAAGGAGUUCCAGCUGUGGCUGAAGGCGGUGGUGGAGAAGGUACACGGCUGCCUGGGGAGGACCUGCAAGCUGGCCACGGAGCACCGUCUCUCUGCGCUACAGGACAUCGCCAAGGAUUUCCUUCGGGGUGAGGAGUCUUUGAACAGAUUGGAGGCGCAGGCCGUGGGUGUCAUUCGGAACACCUCCCCUUUGGGUGCAGAGAAGAUCUCAGGGGAGCUGGAGGAGAUGCGGGGAGUCCUGGGGAAGCUGAGAGUCCUCUGGAAAGAGGAAGAAGGGAGGCUGCGUGGCCUGCUGCAGUCCAAGGGGGCCUGUGAGCAGCAGAGCCAGCAGCUGGAGGCGGAACUGGGAGAGUUCAAGAAAGGCCUGCAGAGGCUGGCUCAGGAGGGCUCGGAGCCCGUGGUGAAGACAGCCACAGAGGAUGAGCUGCUGGCCCACUGGAGGGUCUUCUCAGGGAUACGGGCUGCACUGGCUUCAGAGGAACCCCGUGUAGACCGGUUACAAACUCAGCUGAAGGAACUUGUUACCUUCCCGGACCUACAAUCACUCUCUGACAGCGUGGUGGCCACCAUUCAGGAAUAUCAAAGUAUGAAGGGAAAAAACACCAGGCUCCACAAUGCGACCAGGGCAGAGCUAUGGCAGCGUUUCCAGCGGCCCCUCAAUGACCUGCAGCUGUGGAAGUCCCUGGCUCAGAGGCUCCUGGACAUCACCACCAGCCUACCGGACCUGCCCUCCAUUCACACUUUUCUGCCCCAGAUUGAGGCAGCUCUAACAGAAAGCUCCCGCCUGAAGGAGCAGCUGGCGAUGCUGCAGCUGAAGACAGACCUGCUGGGCAGCAUCUUCGGCCAGGAGAGGGCAGCCGCUCUCCUGGAGCAGGUGGCAAGUUCUGUGAGGGACAGAGACCUGUUGCACAACAGCCUCCUUCAGAGGAAGAGCAAACUGCAGAGCCUGCUUGUCCAGCACAAGGACUUCGGGGUGGCCUUUGACCCCCUACACAGGAAGCUCCUAGAUCUCCAAGCCAGGACUCAAGCAGAGAAAGGGCUUCAGCGGGACCUUCCUGGGAAGCAGGUCCAGCUUCUAAGGUUGCAGGGGCUGCAGGAGGAGGGGCUCGAUCUGGGGACACAGAUAGAGGCUGUGAGACCUCUUGCCCAGGGGAACUCUAGCCACCAGCACAAAGUAGACCAGGUCUCCUCUGACCAGCAAACCCUGCAGAGGUCCCUGGAGGGCCUCGUGGACAGGUGUCAACAGGAUGUACGGGAACACUGUACCUUCAGUCACCGGCUGUCGGAGCUGCGGCAGUGGGUCACCAUGACCACACAGACGCUGGAGUCACACCAAGGGGAUGUGCAACCAUGGGGUGCCAAGUCCCAAGAGGCUGGCCUUGAGAGGCUGCUGUCUGAGAUUCCAGAGAAAGAGGUCCAGCUCUCCCUGCUCCAAGCACAGGGUCAGCUUGUGAUGAAGAAGUCUUCCCCAGAAGGGGCUGCCAUGGUCCAGGAGGAGCUGAAGAAGCUGACGGAGUCUUGGCAUGCCCUGCGGCUGCUAGAGGAGAACAUGCUGAGUCUCAUCAGAAGCCAACAGCUGCAGAGGACGGAGGUGGACACGGGGAAGAAGCUGGUUUUCACCAACAACAUCCCAAAGGCCGGUUUUGUCAUCAACCCUCGGGACCCCAUUCCCAGGAGACGGCAUGGGGCAAACCUAGUGGAAGAAGGUGACCAGCAUGAAGACCACGCCCAGCGCCUGAGGGACUUUGAACAGUGGCUACAGGCAGAAAACUCCAAGCUACUUAGACUCACCACAGUAAAAACAGUCACCUCCAAGGACUUGAGGACCAGAGGGAGGGAGCUGCAGGAGCUGGAGGCUCGCAUCCCAGAGGGCCAGCAUCUCUUCGAGAACCUGCUUCGUCUCAGGCCAGCAAGAGACCCCUCCAAUGAGCUGGAAGGUCUUCGCUACCGUUGGAUGCUGUACAAAUCUAAACUCAAAGACUCUGGCCACCUGCUGACGCAGAGUUCUCCCGGGGAGCUGACUGCAUUCCAGAAGAGUAGGCGGCAGAAGCCGAGGUGGAGUCCCUGCUCUCUCCUACGGAAAGCUUGCCGCGUGGCGCUGCCCUUACAGCUGCUGCUGCUGCUCUUCCUGCUCCUGCUCUUCCUGCUGCCAGCUGGCGAGGAGGAGCGCACCUGCGCCCUGGCCAACAACUUCGCCCGCUCCUUCACACUCAUGCUUCGUUACAACGGCCCCCCGCCCACCUAGCCCGCUGGGACACACAGGUGACCUUCUGCAGGCCCCCUGAGGCUGGCUGCUGGGGGAAGCUGGAUGAUAGCUGACCAGACCCCUUCCCCCAGAGCGACCUCAGUCCAAAUGCUGCAUCUGUUCCCAGAACAAACUUGCCUUUUCUAUGAUGUCAUUUCUGUCUAUUUAUACUAAAUGCGUACUAUGCGUGGUUAGGGAAUAUGUACAGAAUUUUUACAUGCCUUGUAUGUACAUGCCAAGUGUGGAUAACUUCAGACACGGUGUCUCCUUGUGCCUAGGGAAGUCCCAGCUAUGUGUUUCUCUAGUGGGAUUUGUG